CUUGGUUCAAUGUCUUGCAUUUCACUGCUCCCAUUAGCUUGGAGACAACAUGUGGCUCUUGACAGCUCUGCUCCUUUGGGUUCCCGUUGGUGGGCAAAUGGCAGACCCCACAAAAGCAGUGAUCACCUUGCAACCUCCAUGGGUCAAUGUGUUCCAAAUGGAAAAGGUAACCUUAUGGUGUGAAGGACCCCGCCUGCCUGGGGACAGCUCUACACAGUGGUUGGUCAAUGGCACAGUCAGUAGCGUCUUGACCCACAGCUAUAGCAUCGCUGCUGCCAGUUUCAGUGACGCUGGUGAAUACAGGUGCCAGACAGGCCUCUCAACAGCAAGUGACCCGGUACAGCUGGAAAUCCACAAAGAUUGGGUACUACUCCAGGUCUCUAGCAGAGUCGUCACCGAAGGAAAACCUCUGGCCUUGAGGUGUCAUGGAUGGUAUAAUAAUCAGCUGUCCAAUAUGCUUUUCUACCAAAACGGCAAGAUCUUUAAAUUUUCUUCUUGGGAUCCUGAAUUCACCAUUGAGAGAACCAACAUGAGUCACAAUGACAUCUUUCACUGCUCAGGCAUGAUAAGAAAGCAGCGCUUCCACUCAGCAGGAGUGUCGAUCACCAUAAGAGAGCUAUUUCCAGCCCCAGUGCUGAAAGCAUCCUCUUCAUUCCCCCUCCUAGAGGGGAAUCCGGUUAACCUGAGCUGUGAGACAAAGUUGCUCUCACAGAGCCCUGAGGUACAGCUCUACUUCUCCUUCUACGUCGGCAAUAAGACCCUGAUGAAUAGAACCACAUCUUCUGAAUACCAGAUACUCACUGCUAAAGGAGAAGAUUCUGGGUCAUACUGGUGUGAGGCCAUCACAGAAGAUGGAAAUAUCAUCAGGCACAGCCUUGAGUUGAAGCUUCAAGUGCUUGGUCUUCAAUUGAACGUCCAGUCACCAAUCCACGUCUGGUUUCAUGUCCUUUUCUCUCUGGCAACGGGAAUCAUAUUUUUGGUGAACACUGUUUUCUGUGUGAUAAUACACAAGGAACUUCAAAGAAUGAAAAAGUGGAAUUUAGAAAUCCCUAUGGACUCUGGUCAGGGAAAGAAGGCAUGGAAUCCUACACCGCAUGGUAUCUAACCGGGACAUCAACUUCACAUUGAAGAAAGUGCAGGAGUGGGCCAUGGCCCCAGGACCCACUGUCAGAUCACAUACUAUACCGCCCAGAAGCUGCUGGUUGGCCUAGUAAAGAGCUGGACAGCCUCCUGAAGGAACAACUGGAAGAUACAGCUGAGAUGCCAUUCUCCAAAAUGCCAUAUAUUCACUGUGUCCCAGUAAGAAGAAUAUAUGGGUGCAGGAACCAAGAAGUGGAAGAGUAAUUCCAUUUACUAUUGCCCCUAAUGACCCAGUGGGGGGCUUUGUGCUUCCCAAACCUACAACUCUGGGUUCUGCAGAGGUAGAGGCCCUAGUCCCCAAAGAGGGCAAACUUUCACCUGGGGACACAGCUUGAGGCCCAUGGGGUUACAAGUCAUAGCUGAUGCCUGGGUACUUGGGGUUUCUUGUGUCCAGGGAACAGUAGGCAAGAAGAGGGGUCUUUGUCUUGACAGGGAUAAUUGAUCCGAAUCAGCAGGAGAUAAAGCUGCUAUUGCACAAUGGGGGUAAGGAGGAAUAGGUGUGGAACUCAGGUAAUCCACUUGGAUGCCUCUUAUUAGUCCUUUCCCAAUUAUGACUUUAAAAAGACAGAUACAGCAACUGCAGGCUUAGAAGCGCUUAGUGACCAGGUACUCAGCACUCUCAGGAAUGAAAACUGGGGUCAUGCCAUCGAGUUAGUCUCUGAGACAGAAUGUAGCAAUUGUGGCCCUGAGCCCAAGUGCAGCAAUGGGAACUGUAGUUCCCAUUCUUCACUCUUCUAUGCUCAGGAAGAAAUGCCCGGUAGAAUCCUGGAAGAGGUGCUUCCCAAACUUCUGUGGUUCAGUGGAUCCAGGCAUAGGGGUGGACGAUGGUGGACAUGGAGAUGUGCUGUUCAAAUCCUUUUUCAAGAAAUGGCUUGAUGACCAGCACAAGAAAUCAUUCAGCAGACACUCUCCAGCUGUUAGUUAAUGUGUUUCCCUGCAAAUAAGACCUAGCCGGACAAUCAGCUCUAAUGCGUCUUUUGGAGCAAAAAUUAAUAUAAGACCCGAUCUUAUUUUACUACAAGACUGGGUCUUACAUUAAUUUUUACUCCAAAAGAUGCAUUAGAGCUGAGUGUCUGGCUAGGUCUUAUUUUCAGGGAAACAGGGUAUCUCCCAGGGUCUCCUUCAGUUGCCUCCCCUAAAGUCACACCCUACCUGGAACAUCCUGCAUCUUGUGCCUGAACAAAACAGGCCAUUUCAGCCCAAAGCAGGACAUGGUUGAGAGCAAUAUUUGCUCCAGAGCUACUUAGGGGGCUGAUCAAGGCUUCAUCAGGUUUUCAUUGUAGUCUUUUUCUUCCUCAGCCCAAUCCUAUUUCCUCACUCUUCAUUGGGUUCAUCCCUAAUAAACAUCUUGCACCCCAAACUCUGUCUUGGCAU